AUGUCAAGUUCAUUGUCUUUGAUUGCCAAGUACUUGGAUGCAUCAAAAAAAUCUGAAUUGGCAUUGACGUUAUCGGCUGAUCUUGAAAAAAAUGCCGAUAGUCUAGUCGCAUUAUGUGAAUUGCUUGAUGUUAUAGAUACAGAAACUCAAGAAUUGAUUUAUCCUAGGAUAUUAGAGUUUGCUAACUCUAUAUUGGAUGACAAAGAUAAACACACCGAUGAUAAUUAUGGUGAUAUUUUGAAGUUGACGGAAAAGUUACCUCAAUUGUACAAAAGUCUAUUGCAAAAGGUCAUCACACACUUGGAAUUGUACAUAAAUGAUUCCCCACUCAAUUUUUUACCAGAUAUCAGAGAUAUAAUUACUCGCAGCAAUGAAUAUGGGAUACGUUCGUUGAAACCAGAUACUACUUUGAGAGAACAAGCUUUAGACAAUGAGUAUAUUUUAUCGCUUUUCCAGUUCUUGGAGUACGUCUUCGUUCAUCUGACUGGCGAAAUACAAGAUAAAUCCCAAAUUGAUCCUAUUUUAUGCUUCUUCAUUGGUGCAGUUGAUGAAGACAUUGCAGCAGUUGUUUCGAAAUUGCUUCGUUGGAGAAUUGAAUCAAUUGUAAUUAUGAGUAAAGAUUCUACAUUUAUUUGGGACAUAUUAUAUGCUUUAGAGAAAACUGAUAAUAAGACGCACAGAAGCAAUGGUUUCGUAUUUUGGUUACGUUAUUUGAAUAGCUCUAAUAGUGAUUUGAUAACUAACUGUGACAUAUACCAGAACAAGAUCUUAAGUAAUGAAAAAUACUGGAGAAUUAUUCAAAAUGGUUUAAAUAGUAAUUCUCAUGACCAUAGAAAAUUCUGUUUAUCACUCUUGCAACUUUCUGUUAAAUCAAUCAAUUCGUCGUUUGAAAAUAAAAUGUUGUCAUGGGAUACCAAUUUGAAAGAUCAGCAUUUAAAAGAAUGGGCAAGAUAUAUUACUUUGUUUGAAAUAUUAGGUAUUGAUACCUCGUUGCAUCAAGCUGAGGCCGGUGUAAAUGAUAUUGUUGGCUUGAUUUCACCUAAUUCUUUAAUUAAUCCAUCGUGGGGCUUUUGUUUGUUAUCGACCGGGUUUAAGGCUUCAAUGGACUCUGUUAGAAAGUUUUCCUUGAGUCUCUUAUUGUCCAUUCCAUUAGAGAAUUUAUAUUUAAUCAAAUAUGGUUUGGAAUAUUUGGAAGAUGUUUAUUUGCCUUAUGCUAUGUUAGCAUCUCAUUUUUCAGUAAGACAGAUGGAAGGUGUGAAUGAAAGCCAUUGUGAAUAUGGUGAACGAUUAUGUGAAUUUGUAUCUAGUUUGUUGAAAAAUUUGAAAGAGGAAAAUGAAUUUCAAGAUGUUGCAUUUUCUAUUUUGAAGGUUUUAGAUAAAUCAAAGGAUGCAUUUGAUCCAGCUAGAGUGUACGUAACGUUAGGUUUGCUUCGUGGUUUAGAAGGUAAACAAGUUUUGUCGUUUAGCAGACAUGAUACGUUGUUAUUGAGGUUAUUUGAAAGUAAUUCAGAGGGAGACUUAUUUGAAAGUGCUAACCAGACAAUGAAUUUGAAGUUAGUAUUAAAUUUCAAACUUAAAAGUGUGGUUCAUUUUAUCGAAUUAUUGGACAAAUUUAUCAAAUUUAAUGGAUUUAGAAUAGUCAGGGACAAUUUACCUUUGAUUAUGAAUUAUUUGGAGAGCAAUGAUAUAUCUUAUGGAGUUUUAAUGGGUUGCUUAACAGAAGAAAACAUAGAUUCUUCAGAUUUAAAGGCAUUGAUUAUUGGAUUAUCAAAUUCGUUCUUAUCUGAUGAAACAGAUAAAAGUUUUAAGAUUUUGAAUGAAUCAGACUUGAUUUUAGCCAAAUUACUCCGUUCCAAUUUUAAAAUGGAUAUAUUACAAACUAAGGAAGGAUUUAAGGCAUGUGAAAGAUUAUUUUCAAGGGUUCUUAAAGGCGAAGGUGACGCUGAAUUAUAUGAUACAUUAUCAGAGGUUGAUUUUACUUCCUUUAGACAUUUAUUGCCAGUAGAUGUUAACUUGAUUGAACUAUGGGCCGUUAUCAAUACAGAAGUGCAAUCGGAUGAUAGAUCAACUCUAUUACUACUGGUUAAUAGACUUAAGUUUUUGAAUAACUUUCUUGAUGUGAUUCCCUUAGCCAAUGUUGAGAAUCAUGAAAUCUUUGAUAUUAAACCUUUGAUUAAAUUCAAUGAAUUACUUUUCAUAAAUUCUAAAAAAGUGUCUAAGAAUUUCAAGACUUUUUAUAAAGUAAUUGACGAUGCAUUCGGUGAGUAUUAUAGAAUAUUGUCACAUUCGCUACAAAAACAGAUUCCAACCGAGGAGAAUAUUGAUAAAAUAAUAGAGGUUAUUAAUCCUAGUUGUACACAUUAUCAGUCUAGUAUUUCGCUUGUAAGGUUAUUAGAUAAUAUUCUUAUGCAAGGUUGCAUCUCGCCCCAGAUAAUAAAGAAAACUGUUGAAAGUUUGGCAGACAUAUGGGAUAAUUUGAAUUCAUCCAGGCUCCAAUUAAACCAGAAGGAUUUACAUGUAUUAAUAAUUAACACUUUAACACAACCAAUUAUCAUGAAUGAAUCGAUAAAUAAUGAAACAAUUAGUAAACGUUUGUUCACUUUUGGAAAAUCGAUAAUCGAAAAUGCUCAAGGCAGAAGAUGCUUGCUACCAUCUUUUACGAAGAACCUAUCAAACUACCAGAUUUAUGGCUCCUCAGAUUUUGAAAAGAUAGAUUGGAUUCCUGAAAUUUUGGUUAGAAGUUUUACAGUACUUCAAUUAAAGAGCAACGUGUUCAGACUAGAGAAUGUUAUUGGUAGACUUUACGACGAAAAGAUUUCAUCGGAUAGGGAAAGUAACCUUUAUAACAAAAUUUAUGGAUCUGAGGAAAUUAGUGCAAGAAUUAAUCUCAUGGCUAUUUUUAACUCGAUCAAAUCAUCUGAAUAUAAUUAUAAGAUAUUCUGCUUUAUUAUUGACAAUGAAGAGGAGUUUAAUUUAUUUAAUGUUGUGAAAACCACGGAUGGAUUUGAAGAAUGGAGAAGAAUCCAACUAUUUACUAUAAUAAUAUCUAUAAUAGACAAGAUAGAUAAUGAAGUAGUUAUUUCAGAAUAUGUUCCGACUUUCAUUAAAUUAAUCGAGACUGAACCAAGCCCAUUGGUCAGAGCAUAUAUAGAGUGGAUAAUUGCCAUUAACUUGUUGAAAAGUGAAGAACUUACCAAAUUGCUAUUUGAUCGCUUGAAAACAUUAAUCGAUUUAAAUGGAUUAAAGCCUGCUGUUGUAACUGCUUAUGAAAGAAUAUUGUUUUUAAUGAUCCAACAAUUACCACACGCCAGAGAAUCAAAAGAAUUAACUAAGUUUUUAACCGUCAUAGUUCCGGGAGCUACGUCUAAUAAGGCCGUGACUAGGCAUUUUUCUGUUUCAUUAAUAUGCUCUAUCUAUCCAGAGAUACAAUCAAAAAAAUUGAUAAUAGAGCCUGAAUUAGUGACUAUGAUUGAGAAUAUGUACAAAAGUGCAGUAAAUUCAGAAUCAUUCGGUCAGUAUAGAAGUGGUGAUGCAUUGUUAUGGAACAUCAAGCAAGAUUUGAAUUUGGUUAGUAUUUCGGGUACUCUCUUGUUGAGAUUAAGUGACCGUGAUAUUGAUUUCAUUACUAAGGAAGAUUAUGUAAAGCAUUUAUCCCAGGUACAAAUUGAUCACUUGACCCAUCCUGUUGGGGAAAACAUGCAAGAAUUGUGGAUAAGAGAACGUAAAUCAUUGGCAAAGAAAUCAGUACAAACGGUUAUCGAAAUCUCACAAUCCGCAUCACAAUCUCCAUUACAGACUAAGAGUGGUGCUUGGAACACGAUAAUGGAUAUUGAUGCUACUUCAAAUGGAGCGGAUAUUAUUCGGAGUGACUUGAUAGUUGUAUCAUCUUUAGUUGACAAACCACCAAACUUGGGAGGAAUUUGUAGAUUAUGUGAUGUAUUGGGAGCUGGAUUAUUGACCUUGAAUGAUAUCAAUGUUAAAAAUCAUCCUCAGUUUAAGAAUGUCGCUGUAACUGCGGACUAUUGGAUGCCUAUGGUUGAAGUUAAACCUUCAGAAAUAAUAUGUUUCUUGAAAGAAAAGAAAAAAGAGGGUUAUACUUUAAUCGGAUUGGAACAGACAGAUAAGUCUGUUGAAUUGAAUAGUGAUUUGAAAUUUCCUCAAAAAUCUUUAAUCUUAUUAGGAAGAGAGAAGGAAGGAGUUCCAGGAGAUUUGUUAGCUGAAUUAGAUUUCUGCGUUGAGAUUAAACAAGUUGGAGUUAUUAGAUCCAUGAACAUUCAAACUGCGACGGCAAUUAUAGUCCAUGCUUAUUCAUCGCAACACUGCUGA